CUUAUUAAUUUGGACGCUAGGUAAAGGUAGAACACAGAUUUUUAGCCUUGACGUACCCAUUUCUAAAUAUAUAUAGAGUGUAAGACCAAGUUUUAUUUGAUAGUUAAAAAAAAGAGAACAUCAAGCCACUCUGUUUGAUUUUUAAACUGGCGUUUUUUUCUGCCACUUGAUCACGAGGACCAUCAUGCGGAAAUAAUUGUCUUGCUCAAUGCUUGGCCCAACGCUAUAAAUUCUUUUAUCUGGUUCUGUGGCGUCCAGUUUGAACCCCAAAAAGGAGCUGACGUUGAUUCUGGAUCAACUACAAUGUCGUCGGAGGAAUUUGAGAAGCUGCACGAAAUCUACAGGUCCCUGUACGAAGAGCUGAAGCUAAUGCCGGAGAGGCUGCUGAGGAGCCAUGGCGAGGAGAAGAAGAGUUUGUUGAGGGUCUUCGAAGAGAGGAAAGAAGAGGCGGAAGAAGUUCUGCAGGGGAUGGAAGCGGAGCUGCGCGAUGCGCCGCCCUCCUACCGGAAUCCCAUGAGGACCAAGCUGCGUCUGUACCACCGUGACCUUGCCAAGCUGCAGCGGGACGCUAAGAACUCAGCCCCGCCGCCGUUGGACGGGAGUCACGGCGGCAUCUAUUCGUCGCAAAAUCAACAAAGCACACGCUUGCAGUCGCAGCGGGCCUUGCUCCUGGAGGGUACCGAGUCGUUGAACAACGCCAGCGAGAGCAUCGAGCGGAGUCAGCGCCUCGCUGCCGAGACCGAGCAUAUCGGCACCGACAUCAUCGAGGAGCUCGGCGAGCAGCGGGAGCAGCUGGACCGGACCAGGGACAGGCUGGUGAAUACGGGAGAGAACCUCAGCCGCACGCGGAAAAUCCUUCGCUCUAUGUCUCGUCGGCUCAUGACAAACAAGCUGUUGCUGGCCGUCAUCAUUAUCAUGGAAUUGGCCAUUCUUGGCGCCGUAGUUUACCUCAAGUUCUUUCGACGAUGAGGGUGAAGGAAAAAAAAAAAAAAACUAAACAAAAUCCGGACCUCCUCCCGGGCUCCGAAGUCUCACUGAAGGUCCAUCCCUCAAUAAGGAUUCCUCUCCACGUGAACCACAGAAUAAAAUGUGCACUAUUUGACCGGACUGUUAAUACAGAGAAAUCCCUGUGGGAGGAGGUUUUGGGACAUCUACGGACCAGAGAGGAUGUUCAGUGAAGGCGGCGGUACUGGACCCAGAACAUUGCCUAUGGCAACCGGUGUGUUAAACCGAGGUACUUCGUUUAGCAAUAGUCGCAGAUGGCGCACUGUUUGUCUUCGUUCACUGUUUUUCAAUUUUUCAAUUUACAUUGCUCAGGUUGCCCAUUUUUCUGAUUUCUGGUCAGUGUAUAGAAAACUUGGCAGGGUGGGGCAACUGGUGAGAGAGUUGGCCUCACAGUUCCGAUGACCGGGGUUCAAAUCCCGCCCCCGCCUGUGUGGAGUUUUGCACGUUCUUCCUGCUUUUCUGCGGGCACUCCCAAUUUCCUUCCACAUCCCAAAAAUAUCCAUUAAUUGGACACUAAAAUUUCCCCUAGUCUGACUGUUGUCUGUCCGUGUGCCUGCGAUUGGCUGGCGACCAGUUCAGAGUGUACGCUGCUUCCUGCCUGUUGAUAACUGGGGUAGGCUUCAGUACUCCCACGAGCCUUGUGAGGAUAAGCGGCUCAAAAAAGGGUGUAUAGAAAAGUUGAUUUCACAAUUCUACGCUAACUGUAUCUGUUUUUUUUCACUGGAACAAUUUCUCCAGUUACCCCUUUUAAACUGCGCGGUCGCCAUGACCUUGUAGUGCUUGAGCCGUAAUUAGCGCUAAUUUUGGUAGCUUGUCGCAAGCUACCAAACGAGACGAUGCAAUUGUCAAUGUCAUAUUUUUCAGAAAUAAGUGUUUUUUUUUUUUUCUUCCAAUUAUAGGCAUCCGCUUUGGUUGAUGCGCGAUUAAAAAAAAAAAAAAAAAUUGGAAUUACUACAAAAAAAAAACAGUUCAAGUACCCACUUUCUGUUUUGUUGAAUAAUAUCAAAAGAUUUUUAAAUAAAUGUUGAAGAUUGUAGCCGACCCUGCAUAACUCCAUGGAGGGGAAAAUUA